GCGGUGGCGGCGGGAGGAGACUAGAGGCGAUUCUCCGAGGAGCCCGGUGGCUUUCGCAGCCUGAGAGACCCAACUCCUGAGCGGGCUCUUCGGGAGGAAUUGACAACAUGGCUUCCCCACCGCACCAGCAGCUGCUGCAUCACCACAGCACCGAGGUGAGCUGCGACUCCAGCGGGGACAGCAACAGCGUGACCGUGAAAAUCAACCCCAAGCAGCACCAGGGCUGCUCCUCUGCCAAGCACUGCAAGUACAGCAUCUCCUCCAGCUGCAGCUCGGGGGAGUCGGGGGGCACCCGCCGAGCCGGCGGAGCUGGCGGCAGCGGCCCCGGCCUCCGCCGGCAGAAGAAGCUGCCGCAGCUCUUCGAGAGGGCCUCGUCCAAGUGGUGGAAUCCCAAGUUCGACUCCAACAACCUGGAGGAGGCUUGCAUGGAGAGAUGCUUCCCGCAGACGCAGCGCAGGUUUCGCUAUGCGCUGUUCUACAUCGGCGUGGCCUGCCUUCUCUGGGGCAUCUACUUUGGCAUACACAUGAGAGAGAAACGGAUUGUUUUCAUGGUGCCGGCUCUGUGCUUUCUCUUGGUAUGUGUAGCCUUUUUUGUGUUCACUUUCACUAAGACUUACGCUCGCCAUUAUGUGUGGACUUCACUGGUACUCACCCUCCUGGUUUUUGCUUUGACUCUCGCUCCGCAGUUCCAGGCUCUGAAACCUGUCUCAGGAAGUGGUGACAUGUCCAAUCAGACUUCCCCGACAGAUCCCACAGACACUUGUCUUUCUCAAGUAGGCAGUUUUUCUAUGUGUAUUGAAGUGCUCUUGUUGCUUUACACAGUGAUGCACUUACCCUUGUAUUUAAGCUUGUUUCUGGGACUGUCAUACUCGGUCCUCUUUGAGACCUUCGGUUAUCACUUCCGUGACGAGAACUGUUUUACACUUGUCGGAGCUGGUGCAGUUUACUGGGAGCUGUUGAGUAAAGCCUUUCUGCACAUCUGCAUCCACGCCAUUGGUAUUCAUUUAUUUAUCAUGUCUGAAGUCAGAUCGAGAAGCACAUUCCUGAAAGUGGGGCAAUCCAUCAUGCAUGGAAAAGACUUGGAAGUGGAAAAAGCCCUGAAAGAGAGGAUGAUUCAUUCUGUUAUGCCAAGAAUAAUAGCUGAUGACUUAAUGAAGCAGGGGGAUGAUGAAAGUGAAAACUCCAUCAAACGUCAUUCCACCUCAAGCCCCAAAAACAGGAAGAAGAAGCCCUCCAUACAGAAAACCCCCAUAAUAUUCCGUCCUUUUAAAAUGCAGCAGAUAGAGCAAGUGAGCAUUUUGUUUGCGGAUAUUGUUGGCUUCACAAAAAUGAGUGCCAAUAAGUCGGCCCACGCUCUGGUGGGACUCCUGAAUGACCUGUUUGGACGUUUCGACCGUCUGUGUGAGGACACUAAAUGCGAGAAGAUAAGCACUUUGGGAGACUGUUACUACUGCGUAGCGGGCUGCCCAGAGCCCCGGGCAGAUCACGCUUACUGCUGCAUCGAGAUGGGCUUGGGUAUGAUUAAAGCCAUCGAGCAGUUUUGCCAAGAGAAAAAAGAAAUGGUGAACAUGAGAGUCGGUGUUCACACCGGAACAGUCCUGUGUGGCAUUUUGGGAAUGAGGAGAUUCAAGUUUGAUGUGUGGUCCAAUGAUGUCAAUUUGGCCAAUCUGAUGGAGCAGCUUGGUGUGGCUGGAAAAGUCCAUAUUUCGGAAGCUACUGCAAAAUAUUUGGAUGAUCGUUACGAAAUGGAGGAUGGAAAGGUGAUUGAGCGAGUUGGUCAGAGUGUGGUAGCCGACCAGUUAAAAGGUUUGAAGACUUACCUGAUCUCUGGUCACAAGGUGAAGGAGCCCCACUGCAGCUGCUCGCAAACGCUGCUGCCCGGCUUGGAACCUGGAGAUGGAGCCAGGAUACAGGGAGCGUCGUCAGCUGAGAACACCACUGACUUGACAAAGACUCUCAAACAUGCAGAAAAACCUAAGCCUUGCCCUUCAUGUAGUACCACCCUUGUUCCCCACUGCGAUGUCAGCAUAGACGAAGGAGCUAUCCAAAAUGGUUGUCAGGAUGAGCAUAAAAACAGUACAAAGGCCCCAGGAGGACACAGCCCAAAGACUCAGAAUGGACUUUUGAGUCCUCCACAGGAAGAAAAGCUCAGCAAUAGUCAAACCUCACUCUAUGAAAUGUUGCAAGAGAAAGGAAGAUGGGGUGGAGUGAGCUUGGAUCAAUCAGCUCUUCUUCCCUUGAGGUUCAAAAACAUCAGAGAAAAGACAGAUGCUCACUUUGUGGAUGUGAUUAAAGAAGACAGCCUCAUGAAGGACUACUUCUUUAAACCACCCAUUAACAAGCUGAGCCUGAACUUCUUGGAUCAGGAUUUGGAGAUGGCCUACAGGACAAGCUAUCAGGAAGAGGUUAUAAGGAAUGCUCCAGUGAAGACAUUUGCCAGCGCUACCUUCAGCUCGCUCCUGGAUGUGUUCCUCUCCACCAUAGUCUUCCUCAUACUGUCUGUCACGUGUUUCCUGAAACACGGGAUGGUUGCAUCCCCUCCACCUCCUGCAGCCGUCGUGGUGUUCGUCAUCGCCAUCCUGCUGGAGGUGCUGUCCCUUGUCAUCUCAAUUAGAAUGGCGUUCUUUCUGGAGGAGGUGAUGACUUGUACCAAGCGUCUCCUGGAGGUGAUAUCUGGCUGGCUGCCUCGACAUUUUUUCGGUGCAAUCCUGGUUUCUCUCCCAGCUCUUGCAGUUUUUUCGCACUUCACCUCUGAUUUUGAAACAAAUAUACAUUACACCAUGUUCAUGUGUUGCGCGAUUCUCAUCACCAUUGUGCAGUACUGUAACUUCUGCCAGCUGAGCUCCUGGAUGCGAUCGCUGCUGGCAACCGUGGUAGGAGCAGUGCUGCUCGUCCUGCUCUACGUCUCCUUGUGUCCGGACAGCUCCAUGGAAACUCUUCAUCUAGAUUUGGCGCAGAACGUUAGCUCCAGAAGAAGCCCAUGCAACAGUUCGGUGCCAUAUGACACGAAGAGGCCGGCAGACCUAAUCGGUCAGGAAGUAAUUUUGGUUUCCUUCCUUCUGCUCCUCCUGGUUUGGUUCCUGAAUCGAGAGUUUGAGGUCAGUUACCGUCUCCACUACCAUGGAGAUGUGGAGGCUGAUCUUCAUCGCACCAAAAUUCAGAGCAUGAGGGAUCAAGCUGACUGGUUGCUGAGGAAUAUUAUUCCGUACCACGUGGCUGAGCAGCUGAAGGUUUCCCAGAGCUAUUCCAAAAACCACGACAGCGGCGGAGUAAUCUUUGCAAGUAUUGUGAACUUCAGCGAGUUCUACGAGGAGAACUAUGAGGGAGGCAAAGAGUGCUACAGAGUCCUGAAUGAACUGAUUGGGGAUUUUGAUGAGCUUCUAAGCAAACCGCAUUACAGCAGCAUCGAGAAAAUCAAAACAAUUGGGGCAACCUACAUGGCCGCUUCAGGACUGAACCCCUCGCAGUGUCAGGACAGCAACCAUCCCCAUGGACAUCUGCAGACCCUUUUUGAAUUUGCCAAAGAAAUGAUGCGAGUGGUGGAUGACUUCAACAACAACAUGCUAUGGUUUAAUUUUAAACUUAGGAUUGGCUUUAACCAUGGCCCCCUCACUGCCGGGGUCAUUGGCACCACCAAGUUGUUGUAUGACAUUUGGGGUGACACUGUGAACAUUGCUAGCAGAAUGGACACCACUGGCGUCGAGUGUCGUAUACAGGUGAGUGAGGAGAGCUAUCGCAUCCUCAACAAGAUGGGGUAUGACUUUGACUACAGGGGGACAGUCAAUGUGAAGGGGAAAGGUCAGAUGAAGACCUACCUUUACCCAAAAUGCAUGGACAACGGGAUCGUGCCGCAUCACCAGUUGUCUAUAUCUCCAGACAUUCGGGUUCAAGUGGAUGGCAGCAUUGGGCGAUCUCCGACGGAUGAGAUUGCCAACCUGGUGCCUUCUGUACAGAAUUCUGAAAAGACAGCCCAUGGCACAGAUAACUCAGAAACCAAGGACAUCCUUCCUUCCACCAAGAAGCUCCAGAAAGACACAGUGAGAGCAGAGGAGAGGUGCAGGUUUGGCACAGCCACAGAGAAGACUGACUGUGAGGAAGCGGGAACUGAGGAGGUCAAUGAACUGACAAAGCUAAAUAUCUCUAAGAGUGUAUGAUGCACUGUCAGAGUUGCAUGAAGUGCUCUGUCAAUAGAAACACAAAGACAUUUUGCAAUUGGCAGUUUCCUUUUUCAAGAGAGACCUUCUCAACACCUGGGUUGUACGUUUGUUUUCAUUUCAGCGCCUGCUGCUGUGUGGAUCACAGCUCUUCAGGGGUGUUUUCAUCCAUCUCUCUCCUCCAUGCCCCAAAUCACAUCCCAAACUCCCCAGCUCCCUGUGCAACCAUCUUACAGCUGAGUAGAGGAUAUUAAGUGCCUUCAGAUAUACUCCAUUGGACUCCCUGUUGAGGUACAGAGGCCCCAAGUGAAAUCAUAGCUUUGGGUAUUUAUCUAAUUUUAAAAAAAAGAAAGCUGUGGUUAUAUCAUUUUUAUUGUUGUUUCUCACAAAAUACUUUUUUUGGCUAAUGCAACUCCUUAGGUUUUUUAUAUCUCUCUGAACAAUGUUUUACUGUUAUCAGACCUUUUGUAUGUAAACAAAUGUGCAUGUAUCUACCAUAUGAGACUGACAUAAAGUGCCAGUAACGUACCACAAAAGAAUGUCUUGGCAAGGGGGUGACACAAUUUGACUUUGUGUUGGGCUGGAGGAGGACGUCUGCAGUGGCUCAACAUUUAGUUAGAGUAGGCUGAACAACUGCUGUAAUUUUAUUCUUCUUUACCAAUGCUUUCUUCAACCUUAAUGUGCCAUUGUGUGCUUUGGAUACACUUCUUUUCCAUAUAGCCAAUGAGUUACUGAUAUGUGGGAAUGGAAAAAGGGUUUGGACUUCACCAGCUCUCAGGACAGGUUUCCAGAAGCAGAUGAGUGACCAUGAGAGUGUUACAAUUCAGGUCUUACGAGUCUAAAGCAGUUUCGUGUUACUCCGUACCCUAGCGAAAUUUAUGAAGGUAGGUGAAGUUGGUGUCUCUAUGCUGGUCUGAUUUGAGAGAGAGAGAGAAAAGCAAAAUAAAUGUUUGGGGAAUGCCUUUAUUUAUUUAUUUAUUUUAUUCCUGGUUUUAUUUUGUUUGGGGGUUUUUGUGUGCGUGUGCGAAAGGGAUCAGGAGAGACGAAUUGUUAAUUGGUUUAAUAAGAGUGAUAAGGUGGUGUUUCAGCCUCUUUGAACUACCAACCACUGUGAGGAUGUUACCUAGGCAAUAUUUGUUUCAAAACUGGUGAAACUUCCAAAGCUACCAAACGCAAUUGAGUAUCCCAGCUUCCCUCUGUACUGAUCAAUGGUGCUGCACAAUAUUUUUCAGGAUUUUUCCCCCUACACUGUGCUUUUGCAGCAGGGAAUAAAACAGCGUGCUCCCUGCGUGCCACUGAAAGCAGGAAUAGGGAAAAGAGUCCUUUUAGUGAGCUGAGAAGCACAAUAAUUUCCCAGUCCUGCAGGUGACUCUGUGCAGGUCCCUGGGACCGGAGACCCGCGGGAGCACAGAGGGACCUGCAGGUGGGCGCCUCGGGCUGCACCGUCUGCCCUCUGCACGCUUCCAUCGCCAGUCACUUACGUUUGACGCUCUGCUUUGGAUGAUAUUAAUUAUUCGACUGUCCCAGCUCAAUUAAUUCCUUGUGACAGCAAAUAAAAUGAAAGAAUUUUUCUGCCCCAAGUAAGUUCGUUAGUCAGGGAAGAGCUGGUGAAAGGCAAUGCUGGGCUGUCUGUCUGUUGGUGUGGGGUUUACUUCUUUCCACCUGGACUAAAGUCAGAAUAUAUUGAUGCUUCUUUUUAUUCCCCAUGUGACUCUUGGAGUUUGAGUAAUAAAUACGUACGUUGUGAAGUUCCUAUGCAGCUAUUUCAGAUCCCUCUACACUCCACGGUCAGCAUGGAGCCCUUGAAGCCUUUGUCAAGUGUAAAUCUGUGAGAUUUCUGGAUUUCAGUUACUUCAACAAGACUCUGCGCACUGUUCUCACAGAAGCUGCUGUUCAUGUGUGUCUAAAUUGCAUUUGAUAGACAAGCUAUUUAAAAUUAAUCUUAUUUGCUCAGUCUGCCAGCACACAAAAGAACAGGGGAUACUCGUCCCCAUACCGUUCUGCCACAGAUGCUGUAGCCUGUUUGGGGGCUAUUCCUGACAAGCCACAAUAUAAAGUUUGCAUUAGUGCACAGUUUUACAGCAGCCUUCCUUCUCUGUAGAUGAAAACUUGUCCCCUCUGUCCCUCUCCCCGUAGUGGGUUGCACUUCCAACUUUCAGGUAGUAUAACUCUGCAAAUACCUCUUGCAUCUGAAGAAUGUAUUCUUGAAACCAUUUUUAGGGUUCUUGUUUCAGUUAAGUGUAUGUCAGUAUUUCUUUUCUUACAGUAGAGGAGUUAACGUGGUCCAGAAUUGUUUACAUGCCUUCUAGUGUUAUAUUAGUGUCUCCAGUCUCCCUUUCACUUCUUUCUCCCAGUUUUAUAGGCAACUCUACCCAGCAUUUCUCUCUCAUUGAUCAGCUGCUGGUGGAAUUCGGUGGAGAUGUGGCGGCUUCUCUCUCACAUGAGAUGCUGCACGUUAACUGAACCUCCCCCCGCAGCAGCCCCGCGUCCCGCGGGAGGUUUGCACCGGUGACUGAACCCGAAUGGAGAAGGUGCUGGAGUAAGGCCCUGCACCCAGAGCGCCUUCCUUUGCAUUAUUUGAGCAAUGCACUGCGGGAAUACAAAACCGCCUCAUCCUCCGGUCUAUAAAGUCAGUAACGCUCCCAUGCUGUCAUGGUAUGGUGCUGCGGGGAGUAUUGUUGGUUUUCUGGUAACGUUAGAAUACCAAAAAAAAAGAAUAAAAUACCAGGGCCUCUUCUUUGUUGGCACUAAGCAAAUAAAAUGACUGGAGACAGCAGUAUUAGCGGACUCUGAAAUCAAGGGCUGUUGUCUGCUCUGGGAGCUGCCGGCGCCGUUACUCUGCCUUAACUCUGAACCUGGGAAAAGAGUCGUGAAGACUCAGUAACUAGUGGUAGCCCUGUGUGCUUACGGCCAACAGGACAGCAGCGAGCGUUCGACAGCUGGGACUGCAGGUCUGCUUUCGGAGCUUUUAAAUCUCUUCUUUAAUCUAACAAAAUCAGAAUCUAAGCUCUCAAUGUACCGCUUAGACAGUGAGAUUUUCCCAGGCACAAGAAGCAAGGAGAUACUUGUUUCCUAUUGUAAAACAGUGGGAGCUGAACCUUUACACCUUCCCUUUAUGCCUUUGAAAAGAUGUCCCAGUGCUCGGAAAAAUUACUCUGGAGGCGUUUUUAAUGGCGCUGUGCGGUUCCGCAUUCCUCUCUGCAGCUGUGACACGUGUGUGCUUGUGGGAGGCCUUGAUCAAAGUUCAUUUCAUUAAAAUACCGUUUGUGCUUGUUCUGUUAGUACCAGCACAAUUCAGACGCCGUGUAAAAGUUCAGGAGUUGGCUGGGUACCUGGAAUCGUAUUCUGCAGGAAUAGUCGGUGCAUUGCUGCGCUUCCUUUUUUAGGGUGUUUUAAUAGUGAUAGUUUAAAAAUGAUCCAGAGCAGGGGGGAUCGAUUGCUGAAUAUUUGCUAACCCUGUGUUGUCGUGUGCCACAGUUCCCUCGCAGGAGCGGCUCUGGAGCUCAGAGUAACGAGGAAUGUGCUGAACAUUUUCUGCAGUGUUGUCUUAAUCUGCUGCUAACACACAAAAGUGCUUGUUUUUCUCCCAGUUACUUCUGUGAGACAGAUUUCUCAUUGAAAAACAAGCCGAUGGCAUUCCCGUUGAUUUACUUCUGGCAUUUAUGAUUUUGAGAGAACAGAUUUCCUGUUAUUUCCGAGGAUACGGGGCUGUUCCCAUUCGCUGGAGGUACCGCGAGCACCGGGACCGUGCCGCUGCCUGUCCAGCCCCUGCCGGGUCCCUAUACAAGGUGCAGGGGGAUUUUUGAGGUGACAGAUGAGCAGGGAGAGGAGAGAAUACCCAAGGGCUUUGCAAAACAGUAAGUAUUUGGAUACUCUUACUUCAGGGCUAAAACACAGAAAGGAGGCACCCAGAGCAAAAAUGAAAGGAGCUGUAAACCAAACACUGUACCCAUACUGGCUUUUAGCUAAAUUAGGACUUAUUCUUGAUUAAAGAGCCAAGUUUCCAGGGUAUCUUGCAUUUUUAAAUGACGAACUCUAACCCAUUCCUAAAACUUUAAUUCCGAAUACAACAAAGGCAGCAGUUAUUAACUUCAUGUCUGUAUUUUGCAACAUCACAGGAGGCUGAGAGCGUCUGAGGUUGGUUAUAAUGCAAUCAGCUUUUUAACUGUGCAGCUUGGGGUGGGCUUUUUUGCCAAAUUUAAGGACCGUGUCCAUUUUCUCCCUCCUUCCCUGCUGUGCUCUAGUCUGCGCGGUCUGGACGGGACGUGCGAGUGGUUCUUGCCUCCCGGCUCCUCGGUUUGCCAAACGGUGUCUUUGGCAUCGCACGGCAGCGCUUGGGCUCUGCUGCUGCCGGGUCGGGGCUUCACGUGCUGCUCUCGCUGCUGUUUGCGUCUCUCUCUGCUUCCUAAUACAGAGUUCGUUUGGUUUGGUGUCUUGGUCCAUUUGUGCGGUCACCGCUGUAGCUUUCUGCUGUUCGAUGUUAAGCUGCUUGACAGAAGAUAAAGAGGAGCAACAGGCACGUGCCAGUAGUUAAAUUGAAUAAUUCUGUGGAAAAAAUAUUUUUUUCAUCACACCAAAAGAGGAAAAACUUGUAAUUACACUGAGUUUUAGUAAGUGUGCAAAGGCUGAAGGGGGUAAGAAGUAAAACCAGUGUUUGCUGUCAGUGUUGGGAUUUGCUGAAGCAAGUCCUGUUGUAGUUAAAUAUUACAAAAGUGCUAAAAAUGCAGUAAUUAUUUAUUGAUGUGUCUUUCCCAGUUGUUGAAGUGUCACAGGGGUGGUUUGACUGUAAAUGCAGAAUGGUUUUCAUGUGGAAAGAGCAGUCAAGGUAGAGGCGCAGGGAUCCUCCCGCUUCCAUCUCUGUCAGUGCCCAGGUUGGGGUCUUGGAGUAACCCUGAGACGUGGCCAGCGGGAUGCAGACCUUCACUUUGGGUGGAAAGGUCAAUUGCUCCAAAGCUUUUCCUUUUGAUCUCUUUACACAGGCUGUAGCAGUCCUUGUGUGGAUUUCUAGAGAGACAGCAUUUAAGGAGGAAACCUGAAUUGCUGUUCACUUUGAGAAUGUCUUCUGCAGGCAGUGGCGACCGUAUUUGGCAAAGUCCUGUAAAAAAGUUAGAAAUUGUAACCACUACACGCUAAUUCCUUAAGAUGCUGUCAUUGUCCAGUUUUAAUUUCAGUGGUUUGAUGGUAUGAAGGUUUUCAGUUAAGGGCUGUGAAAUACAUCAAAAAUGUAAAGGGAACGGCGGAGGUGGAAGGCCGCGGCCUGCAGGAGGGCAGCGCGGUUGACGCAGGUUUGGGCUCCCCGUGCCAACGUACACGGCGUGGGAGACGCUCGGUACGAUAGCGUGUGCUUCCAGGUCUGGAAUCAGUGACAGAAGGAGAAGGGGAACAUUAAACAAGACCUUGGAUUGGUUUUCAGGCUGAUCUGUAAUUUCCAGGUGUGGUGUCUUUGCUUGGCUGCUGUUGGGGCGGGUUUUGAGCAGCGCACGUUUGCUGUGGUGGGAUCAGGGAGCAUUAAAAUGGACUUUUUUAAAAUCUCCUUUAACGCCACCCUCUGAACUCUGUCCAGAGAGAUGAGGAGUUUUGUCAGUGGAAAUCAGGCACCAGGAGCUCAUUACCUUUGUCUUUUUCAAGUUUAUUUAGAAUCAAACAUGGGGCUCUGAAGAGGCGCAAGCAGAAACUGAAAUUGGAGUGAAUUGUAUUUUAUCUCAACAGCAGCUCAGUUCAAGUGGUGCUGUGGGGAUGAGUUUGAGGUGCUUCAUGGACGCUGGGUAAAGCUCUCAUAGGAAGAAAAAAGUUUCCUGCUUAAAACCUCUUUUUGAGUCUUUAGGACAAGCUGAGGUUCUUGUCUGCAGCAGAGAUAAGUGGCUGUGCGACAUGCAUAGAAAUAUUUGUUACUUGCAUUUGAAAGCCAUCAUUAGAUUGUGAGAAAGAAGAUUAUUUUGGAAAAAUUAGAUCAAUAGAAGAUAUUUAAAGCUUUUUUCCCUGGUCUCUUAUUCUAGCUGCUAAAUAUUUGCUCGCCUAACCAAGCUGCCCGGCCCGAGGUGAUGCAAUACAUUUAACGAGUCCAGAUGCAGUAUGUUUAACAUCAUUUCCAGCAGCUGUUUCACACGCAUGUCUCCGAGUCAGGAAUCAGUGUGGAGGAAGGAGCCGUUGGUGUUUUACACUGUGGGAAGGCCCCGCGGCUGCUGUGCCGGCUGCUCGUGUCUCAGCCCUUAGCGGUUCGUUCUGUUCUCUCCCUGUUUCCUGGCUCGCUGCAACAACACGUAUUUUGAUCUCCAGAAUUUGCAGCGUUUGCUGAAUCUGAAGAACUGCAGGGAAGGUCACGCCUGAGAACACUUACUAAAAUGUUAAGUCUUGGCUCUAACCAGUGCUCCUCUAACCGAUUGGUCAUCGGUGGUGAGCGGCAGCACACAGCGAUGUCAGAGCCGAGCGUCCGGUGCUGCCGCUCACACCUCCCUGCUUUGAGCAUCGAUUCUCAGGUCAUCUUUCGAUUAGUCAAAGCGACUUCCUCGAGUUUUUCCUUCUUUUCUCCCUUAGUCACUCAUGUCAUUGCUUGUUUCUAACUUAAUGCAUUGGCUAAAUAAUCGUUUGCAAUUGAAAGAUGGUUUAUAUCAAUUCAUCGCUCAAGAUUUAAGGCCAGGACAGUGAAAAUGCAGUGUGUGGUACAUCUGCGAGUGAGCCCAGCAGGAUAAUGCCUUUUUAGUGUCUUUGAAACUUUGCCUUUAUUCGAGUGAGACCAGAGCUUUGUGAUUUAUUUUUACUAUUAUCUGCAUAACUCCAUCUUGCUGUUGCCCUAGAAAUUGUCCAGAGGAGGGGGUUUGCAGUAUUGCAGUGCUCUGCCCUACGCCGCUGCCAGGACCGGGAUUUGGCCACCGCGCAGGUACCGGCACAGUCCCGCCGGCACCAUCAGACCUUCCUCUUCGUGUGUUCGGGAGUCCGCAAUUGUCAGAGGAACCCUCUCCCCAAUUUCAUUUCUUCUAGAUUUUAGAGACCACGUUUAGAUAUAUACAUAUGCUGAGACUGACUUGUUAUACCCUACUGCGAGUACAGCUUUAAACUUCCAAAGUAAUGAACUCUCUAAAGCCAAGAGCCUUAACAACUCCAAACAUCUGCUGAGAGACAAAACAGUUUCAAUAUUUGGGAUGUUUUUCUGCUCAAUGGCGAGUGUCUCCUGUUUGCGAGGAGGCUGUGGCAGUAUCCAAAAACAUUAAGGACCUUGGCCGCCCUCACCAAAUUACCCAGGAACAGGCAGGCAGGCUCCCCCCAUGUGCUCUCAGGAAGGUCACCUCUCUCCCCCGGGGCUGGUGUGAUGGUUUGUAUAUUGCAUUGCUCGGAAAAGCUCCUUCCUUUUGUGAAACGGUGUUUUUAACUUAGCACAAAAUGUUGUCUUUUCUGACGGAGGGGCUGGAUUCCUCCUUUCCCACCCCCAGGCUGUUUGGGUCCCGCGGCACCGAGAUGGAGGAGGCCGGGACGUAGGUGACGGGAAGGAUGGUGAGUUGGGAAGGAGCGGCGUGUCCCUGGAGCAGCCGAGGGGCCGCGGUGCCCGGGGAACAGCGCGGCUGCGCUUUUGGGGAGGUUCGCUCUGUGUUCGCUGAGCUGCCCCACGGUCAGCCCCACGCCUGGCGGGUGCCUUUGUCCAUACGUCUUCCCUCCUGGCCUGUUGGUUUCAUUUCACAUUUUGAUAGGAGCACAUUUCAGGUGGUUGUUACAAACAUGCACUAGAGAUGGAGGCGCUGCUGUCUGACCGUGGCCGGGCUGCGUGGCGGGUUGGAUCCUGUCCCGCCGGGGUUUGUACAGUAUUAACACCCACACGCUGCCCUAUAAAAGCCAUCGCUGUGCAGCAGGAGCUGCGGCACCCGGUGACAAACAGCCGGCGAGAAAUUGGGUUUGGAGUGAGAAACUCCGAGCGGGGUUGGCUUUGGCGUACGGAGCGGCUGUGAGCCGGGCACCGCGGGCUCCCGACCGGCCCCUGUGCUUUGAAACCUGCUGCCACGGCACUGCGGGACGCCAGCGCUGUCUGGCCUCGCCAAAGCACACGUGGAGAUUGUACCAAAAGUGUUAAUUGAGAACAUUACUGAAAAAUUACGGAUUUAUGAAUUGAAACAUUAAUCAAGAAAAGUUUCCAGUUGAGAAAAAACCUAAAAGGGCAAAUUAAAACUUUUUAAUGUCUCCAGGCUAGCUGGAAGUUGUUUCUUCAUGAUACCUAUGUUUCCUUUCUGUCCCACCCAGCGCAGCCCCUGUUCCCGCUACCGUCUCCCCAACCUUCUUGCAGAAAGAGAGAGAACGGGUCUGUUUACACCCACGCUGGGAGAAGCUGCGGCUUCUGCCGGGGCUGUGCGGGGCCGGGGCUUCCUCGCAUGGCCUCGCUGUACAUACUCUGCUUCGUUCACAAACUGAAACGGACAAAAGUUGUAUCUGUGAAAUAUUAAGCUCUAUAUGUAUAUAGAUAAAACGCGUAUUAUCUCUUGACUCGUUACUACGGCUCUGUAAUCAAUUGUAUAUUAAACUGUUUUGCUGUACGGCAGAUCAUUUCACGCUAUCUUAGAUGUAGAAAAGCUGAGAAAGUAAUUCACAAUACACUAUGUCAACUUAAAA